CAACACGAGGUGAGGAUCGCUAUGCUGUUUCUGAGGUUGACGACAUCACUCACCAGCUGGCGUUUGACGAUGGGACCAGACGCUUGAUGACAGGAGCCCGGAGGUCAGGGGUCGUCCUGUACGCUGUGACAUCACAAGGUAGACACUUGUCAUGGCGGCCAUUGUGGUAUGCGGCUCGGUCAGUUCCAUGAAAGCGUUGUGGGAGACCAAGAUCCAGAACGUCCGGGAGACGCGGGAGAAGCAGAGCAGGAAGCAGCGCAGCAGCAGGUUGAGCAUCGGCGUUUGGGAGGAGCGGGAGACUCUGGCUCAGCUCAAACAGAAACUGACGACUGAAGAUGGCCGACUGGUUCUGCGCAUCGAGCACGAGGAGCGUAAGUCGCUGCCGGGCUGCCUGGUCCAGCUGAGUCAGGUGCAGGAGUGGCACAUUCACCGCUGCGGCCUGCAGAAGAUCCCCGGCUUCAUCUCUUCCUUCCAGAACCUUCUGGUCCUGGAUCUGUCUCGGAAUGGGGUCACUGAGAUUCCAAAACAGAUCGGCAGACUGACCCGGCUCAAAGAACUGCUGCUCAGCUACAACCGAGUCCAGUUUGUUCCGGAGGAGCUCGGCAACUGUGAGAGUCUGGAGAGGUUGGAACUGGCAAUGAACCGAGACCUCCACCAGCUUCCGGACCAGUUGAGCAAGCUGAGGUGUCUGCAGCAUCUGGACUUGUCCAUGAACCUCUUCAGCCUGGUGCCGCCGUGCUUGCUCAGCAUGCCGGCGCUGGAGUGGCUCGACAUGGCGGGAAACUGCCUGACCUCCUUACCCGAAGACAUCAACAGGUAGGUAAAGGCCCCGCCUCCUCGUCCCCCGUCCGCCAUUCAAAACCCAGCGCUGGCUGUGGUCAGGAUGGAGAACCUGCACGCCUUGUGGCUGCAGCGAAACCAGCUGGAGAAACUUCCAGAGAACAUCAGCAGGAUGCCCAGCUUGGACACGCUGGUUCUGAGCAGCAACAGACUGAGCGACAUCCCCCCCAUGAUGGAGGACAUGUCCAACCUCAGGUUUGUCAACUUCCGGGACAAUCCGCUGACGCUGGAAGUCAAUAUAUCCGUGACAACGGCGCCCGAGGAGGAGGAGCAGGAGGACGACGACGACCGCGAGAUGUUCGGGCGAGACUUCAUGCUGUCGUACAUACGUGAGGCCCGGAAGAGAGCGCACGCCGCGCUCAACGUGCACAGAGUCGCCUGCUGAGUGGCGUCAAAAUGAGGUUUUAUUAGCGACAAAGUCAAACAUGGGAGGGCGUGGCCGUCAGCAGGACAUUCUCCAGGGUCAGGUGACUGCCGACGUAACAAGUGAGUCGGCCGUGGAAUCCUCGGCUGCGCAGGAAGUGGAUUCUCCCGCUGUCGAUCAGAAGUUUGCAGCGGCGUCCCACCUGCUCGCGCUCGGCCGGCGACAGAAACCUGCCGGCGAGUCACAGACAAGGUGAUGAUAUGCAAAUGAGCCUGCUUACCGAACG